UUUUUCAUCUUCCAAAAACAACUGACACUGCGCGAAUGGAAAUCCGAUAUCUAUCAUUUGUUCUACAUGAACGAAACGCAACAAAGAGUGGUGGCUGAAAUGAAGUUGGAUUUACCGUCGCAAUAUCGAUUCGAUGAGGUACAUCCGAAUUCGGAUGCUCGCUUCAUCGAGAACACCGAUAAAAGUCGUUUCGAAACGUUAAGGCGAGUCUAUGAAUGUCUACCAGCGGUUAGUGUUCGUUGUGGAAACGAGUUGAUAGGCGUUGGGGCGAGUACAAACUACAAAUUCUACUUGUCUUGGCCUUGCACACUGCCUCAAGAGGUGCAGUCACCACUGGAAAUGCGAGUCUGGCAAGACUCCAUUGGAAUAUGA